ACUUCAACCAUUUGAGUAACGCGCUACCUGAUCUACGAAAGCGUGACUACGGUUACAUAAGGCAAUUCGUUUAUGGACAAAUUAUUUAAUCCGAUUCAAACUUAUUUGACCUGUUGCUUCCUUUACUUACUUCUUCAAAAAGUGCUAUGAUUUCAAAUUUCUCAAUCAACCAAUGAUUAUUGGUUAAUUUAUUCUUCCUUUAAAGAGAAAACAAAGGGGAAAGUGCGUCAAAAAACAACAGAGAAUACAUAGGGAAACGCGCCAAAAUGUCUGCUCUUUCGCCCUUCCGGAAGGAAUAAUAUUGAUUCUCCCCUUUAUGUCGGUCUGUUUUAAACGUUGCUAAAUUGUUUACUUGUCGCAAAAGUGUACUCCGACUCGUCUGCUUGUAGCCAAAACGCACGCCGAAUUGUCUACUUGUCGCCUUAAUACUAGCCGGUUUAUCUGAUUUUGCUUCAAUUUUUGACACACCUUUGGCUUAACCCCAAACAUUUUCGGUAUUCGCUUUUGUCCCCAUAACACGCAACACCUCAACUGUUGACGUUAAAAAUAGUACAUGUUUAAAUAAAUUUUUUAAAAAGAGAACGUCAUAUUGUACAACGUUAUGGGUAGUUGAUAGAUGCUGGGGCAUCGAUUGUUAUGUAUUUUAAUUGUAAUUGCCAAGUCUUAUUGAAAUUUGAGAAAUCUACGGAAGAAAGAACAGCUGACGUUGAUUAGGCACGUGUACUUAAUUGCAAGUGCAUUCAAAAUCAAACAGAUUUUCUCAACACUUAGUCAGAACGUUUCCCAUGCAAGUAAGAAAGUACCGAUACUUGCAAAUAAAAUUUGAUUCAAUGAAUCCUUAUCCCCAAAACAUCUGGUGAAUUUUGAAUUUCUGGACAGCACCAUUCCUUUUAUCAAAAUGGAUCUUGUUUACAAGCUUUACAAAAAUCAGGAAUCCUCAUAUCUUCCACGUAAAAUUCUCCAAUCCCUAACAUACUCUUUCAUGGGAUUAGCUUCAAAGAUAGCCUUGUCACGUCAUCAGCUAAACGUUGUCGGUUCGGAACGCCUUUUAUUGGCCAUUGACAAAAGACCUAGUAAUCAGCCUUUGAUUACAGUCAGCAAUCACCAUUCGUGUCUUGACGAUUUUUUCUUGUGUGGUUCGUUGCUUAAACUUAGGCAUUUUGCUAAUGUAACCGUAUGUCGUUGGUGCUUGACAGCUGUAGAUAUAUGUUAUACAACUUCGCUUCAUACCAACUUCUUCUUCUGGUUCAGAGGAGUUCCUAUAUGGCGAAGGGUUCGUGAUCCGCUAUCUGGUAAAAUAACUCACUUUGGUGGGGGGGUUUAUCAACCUAGUAUGGAUUUUUGCAUCAAUUUACUAAAUUCUGGCCAAUGGGUACAUGUAUUUUCCCAGGGGAGAAUUAUUCAACCUCAUGAACGUGGUUCUGAAAAAAAUAUUCGCCUACGUUGGGGAAUCGGACGAUUGAUAGCCGAAUCAAAAGAAGUAAGCUUUCGAUCCACUUGUAAUUCCUGUUUGGCAUUGCGGUCUAGAUCAACUAAAUCCUUCUGAGGUUCCGAAUACGUCUACUACGCUGUCAUGUAUAUUUGGAAAACCGCGUCAGCUGACUGUUGUAGUAGGUAAACCAAUCGAUACCCAUGGUUUACGUCAAGAAUUAAAGAAUAAUUCAUCUGAAUAUUUGGCCUCAUCAGAAUUUCGUUCACAUAUUCACUCUAUGUAUACUCAGGUUGUCCAAGAACAGCUAUAUAAACUCAAAGAAGAAACCGAAUGUGAGCAUCAAAGACUAAAUCUGAUCUAAAAACUGUGAAUAGCUUUAUUAGACGUCUACUUUUUUACCUUAUAUUUUUAGAAUUGUCAUAAUGAAUAAAAAGUUCUUCCUACGUGUUUUCGCGUCCUGAUUGGCACAUGUUCACUGAAACUUACCGAUCUUUGCGGACUAGACAACUCGUUUUUCG